CGCAAAACUCGGAAAUGUCAUUUUUUUGCUGCAUUUUUGGACUUGAGCAGAAAGUUGAGAAGAGGUUGAGCGAGGACUGUUUUUCCCAGGGAAGAAUCGAAACGGAAUGACCAUCAGAAACCACUAAAACAGGAGGAGGAUGUCUGCGGAGGUGGACCUUCUUCUGCAGGAGGCCAAAGAAAGCAUUGAAGCGGCUCAGAACUAUCGCAGUGAACUCCAGCUCAGGCUCCAUGGACUCAACCAGGCACGAAAACAGGUCCGCGGCAGUUCGAGUCAGGCACGUGAGGCUCUGAGGAGACACUUCUCUGAACUUCAGUCUUCUGCCUCUCGUCUUCUGGAGGAGAGACUCGCUUCUCUGCUCCUGGAGGUGGACUCCAUCGAGGCAGAUAGCAUCAAACCUCUGGACGACUGUCAGGCCCUGAUCGAGCAUGGGGUGGGACAGGCUGACGAGCUGCUCCGAGAGGGAGAGGCGGCUCUGAGGUGUGGUCUGGGAGAGAAGGAGGACAAACUUGGCAGCUUCACCAAAAAGGCUCUGCACAUCCAACUCGACAGUCUCCCUGAGGUCCCUGCGUUGGUGGACGUGCCCUGUGUCUCUGCCCAGCUCGAUGACUCCCUCUUGGGAGCGCUAAAGGAGAAAGUGUCCCGGCACGGCUCAGUCUCCUCUUACCCUCCGGUGCAGAUAGAAGAGCUACAGGAGAGGCCGGGCGGGGUACUGGUGCGAUGGUGCAAGGUGGACGACGACUUUGCGGCUGCAGAUUUCCGGUUGCAGUGUCGGCGUUCGGGCACCGGGGGGAGUCAGUACGAGGACGCGUACAUCGGCAGAGAGCAGGAGUUCCUGGUGCUUCAUUUGGACGCGCACACAGAUUAUCAAUUCAGAGUGAGUGCCAGAGGAGAGGGACGGACCGAGUGGAGCCCCUGGAGCAUCCCCCAGACAGGCUCCACCACUCUGGCUGCACAUGAGUGGUGUCCUGGGACAGAGGGGUAUGUGCUGAGCUCCAGGAGGAACAUCGCCCUCAGAAAUGACUCAGUGUCCCGCUGCUGUGUCCUGUACUCCAGAGCCCCCACCUACUUCUGUGGGCAGACCCUCACCUUCAAGAUCAGUGCUGUGGGGGCGCUGGACCACAGGGACAGUCUGGGGGUCUGUGUGGACAACAGCCGAGGAGAGGAGUCUCUGCAGAGGGACCAGGCCGUGUGCAUAUCCACCAACGGUGCAGUGUUCGUUAACGGUAAAGAGAUGACCAAUCAGCUGCCGGCGCUGGUUCUGGGCGCGGCCGUGACCUUCGACAUGGAGGUGGUCAGCGUCCAGCCCGGUCUCCACGGCGACGGGGCGAGUGUGGCCAAACUGCGCGUUACGAUUGGCUCAGGGAACAGGGAAGUGGUCUUUGAUUGGCUGGUGGAGCACAGCCUGGACGCGCUCUUUUUCGGCUGCUCCUUCGCUCACUCCGGCUGGAAAGUGCUGGUGUAUUAGACCUGUGCUAAGUUCAAGUGCUCCUCAGAGGUCGGAAAUCAGUUUUCUCUUGCAUUUCAGUAUUAUAUUGGAAUAGGUUAAUUUAAAUGAAGGACAUGCUUGUAAUAUUGUCCCUCCAUUUUGGACAAAUUUUUGUGUAUUAAAGAAACUUUAGCCAAUUUCUUUCCAUGUAUUUUGAGCAAAAUCUGUUUUGCCCCAGUACAAAGUCAAAAUAAGUCUGUGUACUGUCUGCAUCUAAUUACAAAUACAGCAUUUUAUUUUCCAACAAUCCAGGAAUGGCCCAGUUGGCAUGCUAGUUGUUGCUUAGCAUUACCGUGACAGCAAAAAACUGCCCUUUAAACUGUGAAAAGCACUUCUAAACAUCAUUGUGAAAAAUUCUGAUUCUGUCAUGGUUUAGGGUUAUGCAAAAAUACAACUGAAUUGAAUCACAAAAAAUCUGAAUUAGAUAUUUUCCAAUAACCUUGCAACCUUAAUUCACUGUCAACUGUAAUUCUCAGCUUUGCAAACUCCGACCUCAGAGGAAAACUUGAAAGCAGCACAGGACUCUUCACCAAAAAGUGGACCAAGACCUCAGGCUCAGAAAUACAAGGUUCAAAUUCUCAAUUCAGUGUCUCCAUUUCAGCCACUCAUUUCAGAUGUAGCUUCUGCAGAAGGCGGUACUAGAAAUACAACCUAAUGUAUUUUCUUAUUUAAAAACUAGCCUUUUUAUUUGUACAUGAACAAUGCUGAGGAAACAUUUGGUGCCUUCAUGUAAUUUUGUUUUUUAAAUAUCUAGUUUUAGCUUGUUUGGUGUCAUUUCUUACAGCCACUGCCUCUUCCUAGCCUUUUAUUUCUUACAUCACUGUGAAGAUACAGUUUGAAGCUCCUAUAUUACGCUAUGUAGGUUUUUCGUGGGUUUUAAAGCUACACCACGGAACUUUUAUUUUUGGUUGUGGAGGUACACGAAUUCCACCUCCAUAUCUCCAAGUAGAUGUACUUACUUUGUCUGGAAUGUUUCGCACUACAGUAUGGCAUUAAAGGUAUCUGUCUAGUGGUUAUUCAUUAAGUUUUUUUCCCCUAACAUGUAACCUGGCCUACUUGUGAUUCCUGCUCGUCUCCAUGGAGAUCUAGAUAAGCGUAAUGUGGAACCUUCUAAGCAAAGAAAUAACACCUCCUGCUGGUGGCGUACCCCCUAUUAGAACAUUUACACUGCGUAUUUACAAUCAAGUGAUAAUCUUUUUUUCUCUCCUUAAAAACAAGUUUUGUUUCAAAGUCAGAUCUGUGGAGAGGCGAGUCCGCACACAAUUAGAAGGCGUGUUUUUAAAGUAAAAAAAAAAAAAGUAUAUUUACAGCAGGAAAAUGGAAUAGAUCCAAGAUAGAGCAAUGCCGUACUGCUGAACAUUCCAAACAAGCUUUAACAUCUCCAUGGAGACAUUAGAAAAGUUACACAGUGCUUUAAGUUAAACGUGAAAGACAAAUGUUACAAUAAUGCAUAAUAUAGGAGCUUUAAGUUACACAGUUAUUCUAGAUUUAGUUUUUUGAAUAUUUAACAUCGAGGAGACUUGAGCCUAUGACAAUGAUUACACUGUUACUCUGUUUGUAAAGGACCCAUAUUACGCUGUUUUCUGAUCUGUGUUAUAAUGUUGUUUCCUCCAUCACAAACAGACCUGGAGUUGUGUUUUGUUUCAUUCACCCUGCAUAUUUAGGCCACUUCAUGACAUCAUAAGGCGGACAGAUGCAGACAGAUUGAAACAAAAUACAACAAAACACAACUUCAGGUCUGUUUUUGAGGAGGUAACAACAUUAUAAGCUCAUAAGAGUAGUUUUGCGUAAUAUAGGACCUUUAAGUGUUCUGUGCAAAGAUAAUCUGGCAGUAUUCAUCUGUGUUGUUGUAGCAGGACGUUGGGUUUUGUGGAGUUGGGUUUACAAAGUGUUGAUGCUGUUAAUAAUAAAAAACGGGAUCAUGUGACAA